AGAGGUCUCAGCUGUCUCUCUCUUUCUCUGUCAGUCAGAUAGACAGUCACUCAGUCAGUGUGUGUGUUUGUGUGUUUUCGGGUCUGCAUGUGAGUUCAGGUUCGUUCAUCAUGUCCUCCGCGGGUACUGCAGGAGCUUGCGGGCCCGGACCGACACCGGGACCGAAUCACGGCGCGUCAAACCCGCGAAAAUUCAGCGAGAAGAUCGCGCUGCACACACAGAGACAGGCGGAGGAGACCGCGGCGUUUCAAGAGGUCAUGAUGGACCUCACAUCCACACGGAUUCAGGCACAGAAGGUCCGAUUAUCCAGAAGCCAGGGUCCGUAUUACGGCGGAUCUUUGCCCAACGUAAACCAGAUUGGCAGGAACCCAUCAGAAAUGCAGGGCUCGUUUCAGGCUCCCCUGGAUGCCAAUCGCUCCACACGACAUCAUGGUCUGGUAGAGAGAGUCCACAGAGACAAGCGCUUCAUCUCCCCCAUCAGACCCUACCAGAGACAUAUGGACAGCUCUCACAGCGGCUCUGUGUAUCUGUCUCCGCCCCCUGACCCCAGCUGGAGAAGGAACUGGAACAGUAACUUUUCCAUGGACAAGAGCCAGAUAUUCCAUCAGCUUCCUACCACAGCUCUCAACAGAACAAACUCAGACUCAGCGCUCCACACCAGUGUUAUGAAUCCACCUGCUGGUGACUCAUUCAGUGGAGGACAGAUGUUCACUCCGCAGGGCAGACGUGGUGUGUUCUCGUAUCCUGUUCCUCCCAUUGAAGAGAACGGUCCUGAUGAAGGAGCUCUCCUGAAACCAUGGGACUCCAGAAAGCUUUUGCUGUUAUCUUCAAGACCAAAAUCCUGUGAGGUGCCUGGAAUCACUGUCUAUCCCUCUCCAGACCAGCAGGGCGGCUCCCCUCACGCAUCCACAGUGUUAAAUACGGGCGGCUCACUGCCAGAUCUGUCCAGCUUGCAUUUCCCGUCACCGCUUCCCACGCCGCUAGAUCCCGAUGAGCCCGGUUACCCGUCUCUCAGCGGUGGCAGCAGCACGGGUAACCUGACCUCCACCCUUACUCAACUGGGCAUCAACACCCACAACACCUUCCAUUCUCAAGGUUUGUUGCCAUCUCUGCAGGGUACGCUGAGUAACCCCUCCCUCCAGUCAUCGCUUAGCAACCCCAACAUCCAGUCAUCUCUCAGCAGUUACUCGUUCCCCAACUCACUCAGCUCCGCCUCCCUGCAGUCGUCUCUCAGCAACCCUUCCCUCCAGUCCUCGUUAAGCUCCUCCCCUUCAAUGAGGUCAUCGCUCAGCAAUCAGUCAUUGCGGUCUUCUCUCAGUAACUCCUCCCUCAGCAGCCAGUCCCUCCAAUCGGCAGCCAGUAACAGUUACGGCGGCGGACCGUGCGGCUCGCUCGGACCCGGACAGUCGCAGCAGAGCACGUCGCCCCGCAGGCGAGCGCUGCCGCCCCCUGUGAGUCUUCCCUCGGAUAACCGCAGACAUCACCCCAAACAGUUCUCGCCUACUCCCUCAUCCACCCUAACCAGCAUCACGCAGGGUGUACCUCUUGACACCAGUAAGCUGCAGGGGGAUCAGAGAUUGUCGCAGUAUUCUUACGGGCAGCCGCAACAGGUUCAGAAGGGUCUCGGUUCUGCGCAGACAGACAGUCACGCGUAUGCGCAAACCACGCAGCUUCACCUGCACAACAUGCAGAAUCUGCAGAAGACGCACAACUUUAAUAUGCAGCCGAAGCAGAACCCCAUGAGUUAUGGGUCAGCAGACAUGAUGCACACGGGCGUCUCAGUGGAGCAGCAGUCCGAUCAGCAGAUCAGUCAGUCGCUCAGCAAUGAACUGGACUUUUAUAGUGAUACCUUGUUUCUCAACUCUCUGCUGGACGACCCGUACCUCACCCUGCAGUUAACUGGCCGACAGAACCAGAACCUCAAUCAACAGAUGGGUGAUGUUGGUUCUGGUGCCACAGUGAAGGGUCAGGAGAGUUCCUAUCAUAACCAGCAGGGGGCACUGGAGACCACAGGACCACAGCUGCUCACUCAAAACCAGUGUCAGAGUUACACAGAUGGACAACACCCCGGGUCCAACAUGAUCCUGACAGGAGAUUCUUCAUCAGGACUGUCUAAAGAGAUCACCAACGCCCUUGCAGGUGUACCAGGCUUCGAAAUGGACCCGUUUUCCUCUGAAGACACGCUGCGGAUGGACCCGCUGGCGCUGGAUGGUCUUGGCAUGCUGACAGACGGAGACCUGAUGCUGGCCGACCCAGCGGUGGAGGACUCCUUCCGUUCCGAUCACCUGAAAUAAGGACUGGGGUGUUUGGAGAGUGUUUGUGAAUAUGUGUUCAUGUGGCAUCUCCUCUGUGUGGUCAGGAACAGCAAGGCGCUCGUGCGUGCGUGGAUGUGUGUGUGUGUGUGUGUGUGUGUAAAGUGAGUGCAUGCUAACUAAAUCGCUCAAGCACAUGCACCUAAACUGUGAGCAUUUCUUCCUUUAAUUUGCUGUGUUUUUUAGAUCUGUGUUUCAGACCCAACGGGUUCAGUCACUGACAUCACAGUCAGCGCCGUGCACAGAGAGCCAUUGCCCCUCUCGCCAACCACCAACACCGCUCAAAGUGUUUUGAUACCGCUCCGCUAAAGAUCCACUGAUUUCGAUAAUCCACUUCAUGUUUUCCCGCCUUCUUCGCAGCAUCUUUCACAAUCGUUGUCCUCUCCGACAGUUCCCGAAAUGAGUUGCAUUAACAGGUGGAUUCAUUACAUUACCUAGGUUGACCAUACGUGCCAUUCUUCCCAAACUCGUCCUGGCCAGGAUUUCGGUGCGUUUUCCGGAAGUCGUAUUUGUUGACCACAUACGCCAUUCAGUUAAACAUAAAACAUACAAUUGUAGUUUCAUUCUUACUUUAAAAUGUAACGGUUGCUUUUCUGUAAUAAUAAUAAUAAUCCUCUAUGAUGUAUGCGGUCGACAAAUACGACUUCUGGAAGACGCACCGAAAUCCUGGCCAGGAGGGGUUUGGGAAGAGUGCCACAUUUGGUCACCCUACAUUACCUCAACUGUUGAUCCGCUGAAUGAGCAAUUUGGUCAUUUGUUUAUGUAUUUCUCUCGGUAAUGAUUUGCUCUUGGUCUUCUAAUGCUGUGUUAACACCAACAGUGUUUGAGGCGUUAAAGUCACGUCUACAUUUGCGCAUCUAAAGCGAAGUAGACACGCGGAAAAAGCAAGCAUUUGACCCGCGUCAGAGGCAAAAUCCGCUUCUUGUGGGAGGGGCAAGUGCUAUGCGGUUCUCUGUUUGCAAGAUGGCUGAUGUUGAUUGUGCAUUUAUCAAGAGAGUUUGUAUUUGGUCACCUUACUAUAGGGGGAAAAUAAAUGCUGCAGGUCGAUAAACGUCACGUGAGUCGUGAAAUGUGUAUUACAACUUACCAGGUUGCCCGAUUUCCUCACUGGCACUCUUCCAAGCGAGGUCCUUUUUAUUCCUGUCUCUAUAGAAAUAAGAACGUGUGUCGUAUAGCUCCGGGUGACUGCUCACAGACAAUAUCAAGCCUUCAUGGGCAGAGGAAAUUCACAGAAUUUAAUCAGAUGCAUUUUCUUACUUUAGUAUAACAGUGGUGGGGGUUCAUUCCCAGUUUAACAUUGUGGCUCGAUCAAAAUAUUGAUGUGUCGCUCGAGGUGAUUCUGUCUGUCUGUCUGUCUGUCCUGGGUAAACUGGGACAGGGCAGGAUGAGUGUUAGGAAAUAAUCCAUAGCCAUGUUUGAUAUAUCAUCAUCAUCAUACUACCAUACUAGUAGUGUGUAAAUUAUCUGUAUGCAUGAAACACUCAGUAUGGUGUAUAUGAGCAUGGUGUGUUGAAUACUGUAUCCCAUAAUGCAAUGCGUUCAACUUAACCUACCAUUUCCAGUGUGAUAAAUGAACGGUUAUAUAAACUGUCUUUUGUAAAUUGAUCAGACUGCCAAAAGUUGCAAAUAUAUUUUACACAAAUAUAAAAUGACAACUGGACACCACUUGCAACUUUAAACGAUGUGAUCAUAUUUAUAAAGCGUGUAGAAUUGAGCUGUUUUUAUGAUUUAUUGUGGGAUAAUGCCUCAUUUAAAGAGCAGUAUGCAGUAUAUACUGCACGGUAUGAAGUAUGUAGUGAACUGAUUGAUUUCAUUUCAAACACAGCUGGCACCUUGAUGAGGUACCUGUAGUGAGACGAGAUGAAACGGAUGAAUGUGUCUCAGCAUCAGUGUGUGUUCUCCUGGCUGGUUUCCUCUUUUUGUGUUUUUGAAAUGACCAAAUAUUUGUAUGUGUGUAUAUAUAUAUAUAUAUAUAUAUAUAUUUGUAUGUGUAUUGACUCUGCUUUUUGUUUGUGUGUCUGAUACAAUCAUGUGAUCAGGUUUACUGGAAUCCUCUCAUCUGCACUUGCCGCUUGUAUUUGCACGAAUAUUCUCUCGAGCAAGGCCAUAUUUAAUAGACAUGAUAUUUUUUUGUAAGUAAAUAAUGUGCACUGUAAGAUUUAUUUUUAAAGAGAGUUGCUAUAUGUGCAUACGUGUAUUUGCAUUUGAAAAGAAGCAAUUUUAUAUAUAAAGGAAGAAAAGCUGCAGGUUUGUGUUUUGGAUGUUUGGUUUAUGGUUGGGUCAAACCUAUCACAUGUCAUUUAAUUCAGCUCUUAAAGAUCAAAAACAUCUUGUGUGAACUGAACACAAGAGGAGAAAGUGUAUUUCUGGCCUUGUUAUUGUUUCAGUACCCCGCUGCCUUUGUGUUGUGUGUGUUUGAGUUUGUGUUUUGAUUCAUCAGCAGUAUGUUGUAUAUGAUGUUUGACCGUCUGCUGUGCUGCACAAAUGAUUUCUGCAGGAAUUGGGCUUUAAAUCCCACAGUGCCUCAACUUUCUUUGGGAAAUCAGAACGUUUCUGGAGCUCAAGUGUGGGAUUUUAGAUUUGGGUUCAAUGGGAUUUGUGAUGUUAAACUCGGCGCAGGACGCUGCUGGUAAAACAUGGAGUUAUGAGCUUCACUUUACAUUUGAUUAUUUCCAAAUUUUAAAUCAGAUGCAUUUUAUAUGGAGGAAUAUAUCAAUAACUAACAUAUAGCAUAAAAUAAUCCAUGUGUUUUCAUCAAAAUACUUUAGUCCUUCUAGCCCCUUUAAUAAAGAUGAAAUGAUAACCUAACUCUGCAUGUAAGCGCGGGACACGAGUGUGUUUUUAAUAUAUUUUAAUGUAAAGUUUAUAUGCUGUUUCACAUCUGCUACUGCAUUGCACUGUUUAAAAUAAAGCUGUUGAACAGCUACAGACUCUUAUAUCCCCAAAAUGACUCAACUUUGACCUUCUGUUAUGAAUGCUUUAGCUUGUCAUGAUGGUAACUUGGCCCAGCUUUUGUCUUGGUCAAAUAUGAAAGGAAACAAAAAGAUUUCUAUUUUAUGAUGUACUUUUACAGUUGUUGUUUAAUUUUUGUUAUGUCAAUAACCAGGGAAUGCCAGUUGUAAGUUGUAAAUAUGUUCCUAAAGCAUAUUAUCUUCUAACAGAAAAUUUUUUUAAGACUGUAUCCUCACCAUAUUUUACAGAAAAAUAAAGAGUUUAGAUGAAUG